AUGUUUGACUCUCUUCUGCGCUUUGUAGGCUUCGCGGAGAAGUGGCCGACGCUUACUAUGGAUGAGGUGCGCCAGCACAACGACCGCUUCUCGCUCUGGAUUGUUGCAGGCGACUCUGUAUAUGAUGUCACUUCCAUCGUCGAAUCUCACCCCGGUGGCGCCUCUGCGCUCCUGCGCCGAGGUGGUGGUGUGAGGGACUGCACCGAGGACUACUACUACCACAGCCGCGCCACACGGAAGGCGUGGAAAUCGUACAAGAUUGGCGUGCUGUCUCCAGAAGGAUGUGAUAAGUUUGAAGAAGACGAGGGCACAUGUAUGACCAGUUCUCCCGAGGGAGAUGUCUCACCAGAGUCAUCGCCAGUAAACCACGCCUGCGCUAUGCGCGAGUGCGACGGGGGUGGCGAUUGCUGCUGUACGAGCACUGUGGAGACGCGCGGUAGUACAUCUGAACCAGUUCCGGAGCGCCGAUGCGUCGAAUGCUCAUACCGUCAACCAGUACGGCUAGCGGCUCCACCGCUACUUUUGUAG